GUACUUUCGAUACACAUCGGCCAGGGAGGCGUACAGAUGGGCAAUGCCUGUUGGGAGCUGUACUGCUUGGAACACGGCAUACAACCGGACGGUAUGUUGUCACCGCAGACCUGCACGAGAGACGAAGGUUUCCAGACCUUCUUCAGCGAAACAGGCGGCGGAAAAUACGUACCUAGGGCUGUCUUCCUCGAUCUCGAGCCGACAGUGAUAGACGAGGUACGCACGGGAACGUACCAUCAGCUGUUCCACCCCGAACAGCUGAUCUCGGGUAAGGAAGAUGCCGCAAACAACUACGCGCGCGGUCACUACACGCUCGGCGAGGAGAUCAUCGACCUCGUGCUGAACAGGAUCCGCAAGAUAGCCGAUACGUGUGGCGGUCUGCAAGGCUUCCUCAUCUUCCACGCGUUCGGUGGCGGCACCGGUUCCGGCUUCGCCAGUCUGCUGAUGGACCGGCUGUCCAUGGACUAUGGCAAGAAAGCAAAGUUGGAGUUUGUCAUAUAUCCGUCACCGCAAAUCUCCACCGCCGUCGUCGAGCCGUACAACGCGAUCCUGGUGACCCACACUACUCUGGAGAACUCAGAUUGCACGUUCCUCGUGGACAAUGAGGCAAUCUAUGACGUUUGUAGGCGCAAUCUCGAUAUUGAGCGGCCGACAUACACAAAUCUGAACCGACUGAUCGGCCAGAUCGUCUCCUCGAUCACAGCGUCGUUAAGAUUCGAUGGCGCUCUCAAUAUUGACCUCGCCGAGUUCCAGACGAAUCUCGUGCCCUAUCCCAGAAUACACUUUCCCUUGACGACCUACGCGCCCAUCGUUUCCAUUGAGAAGGCAUAUCACGAGCAGCUUACUGUGAUGGAGCUCACAUCAGCCUGCUUCGAGCCGGCUAUGCAGAUGGUCAAGUGUGAUCCUCGAAAUGGCAAGUACAUGGCUUGCUGCCUGCUGUACAGGGGUGACGUCGUACCAAAAGAUGUUAAUGCCUCCAUCGCGACCAUCAAGACGAAGAGAUCGAUACGAUUCGUCGACUGGUGUCCGACUGGUUUCAAGGUAGGAAUCAAUUAUCAACCGCCAACCGUGGUACCAGGCGGUGAUUUGGCGAAGGUUCAAAGGGCUAUGGUCAUGUUGGCGAACACCACGGCCAUUUCCGAGGUGUGGAAUCGACUGAAUAGAAAGUUCGAUCUAAUGUUUAGCAAGCGAGCGUUCGUUCAUUGGUACGUUGCUGAGAAUAUGGACGAGAGCGAAUUUAACGAAGCUAGGGAAGAUAUGGCCGUGUUAGAGAAAGAUUAUCAGGAAGUUGCCACAGAUUCUCUGGAGAUCGCCGGUGAAGAAGAAUUUUAAUUGUCUCUGAAGCUCGUAGUACUAAUCGCAUGCACUUUAGUGGGAUAAAUGAACAUUUUAUUCGCUCGCACCGUUUUUUUAGGAUUUUUACAUUCCUUUCGUUAUGUUCUUGUAUACGUUUUAUGUAUUGUUUUUAUUUUAAAUUUGUAGGCAUGUCCAUUUGUGUGAUUUUUAAUAAACGACAUUUACUUUUUGAUAUGAAUUUCUGCAAAUUGCUUUUAAAAGAGAUUCUUGGACAUUUUUCGGAGGGAUCGGGUAACAAAGAACAAAACGGCGUUCAUAGAUGUUACAGGCUUUUUAUUGUGUAGAACAGCCGAUGGCUGCACGAAUUAUAUUACAUAUGUAUAAAUUUCCGUCGGCAUCUUUACGCAUCUUUACGUCGCACGUAGGAUUUUUUCGUGUGUAAGUGUAGUGUAAAAAUCACGAAUGCUUUCUGCCUUUGUGCGUGUCACGCUGGUAUCUGAAACUUAAACUUAAGGUAUCGUGAAGAUAAAAGAAGAGAAAACGACAUAAUUUCGCGAAUAGUAUCGAAUUAAAUAAUCAUUAGUCACGAUUAUACGAUAAUAAUAGGGGCGAUAAUAAAUCAAAGUGGAAACGUAGAGCGAUGAUCGAGGCACGGCUAAGCUGACGACAGAAUAACGCGACAACUAAUCACGCUGAUCACAACGAUAACGAUAACGAUAAUCAUAAGCAUUCAUCGUAAUUAUUAAGCAUCUCUCUUACUCUACCUCCUUUUCUCUUCUCGCUUUAUCAUCGCUGACGAAGCGAUGUUUUGGAACAGUUCUUCUGUCAUAUCAUACCGAUACAGUAAUAAUAAUUCUUAUCGUUAUAUCCUUUUAAUAAAAUCUUGGACGCGCUGUUUACUGGCAUACGCGUGCAAUAAUUUGCACCUUUUUCCCCUCUCUUUCUCCUCAUAUCUAUAAAACUUCUCGGUCUUCUCUUCCUGCAUUUAUCUCUAUCUUCCUCUUCCGUUUACUUAAAAGAAAAAGAAAACAAGAAAGAAGGCUUUAUCUCAUUUUUUUGGGAUUGGCGGGACUAUAAGCCUGCCGCUCGCUGGACUAGAGAUUUUCACUACCGCUUUAUUGCGCAUCCGUUAUUAUAUCCGAGAGGAGAAUGAUACUUCUUGCUCCAUCUCAUUAAAAAUUUAUUCCUUGAAGGGUCCAGAUACCCUCGUUCCUUUGACUCGAAAAUCAUUUCGUCUUUCCAAGUUUUCUCUCAACUGUGGAAAAUCCAUCGUCCUCUUGGAGAGGCGAAUCGCGAAAUAAAACGCGAACGAUUCUUUGAUACUCGAGACCGGCGGAGUGGACAGCCACGUUCUCGCUCGUAAUAAUUAAAGGACACUGUGCAGACUAGUAUUUGCGAAGGCAUUCAGAGGCAAACUUUGUCUAGAACAAUCUCUCUCUCCUAAAAUGAAACGUUCUUUGCAAGAGCAUGUGAACGAGGCACACCGGACCUAUGUCACUUUGUCUUUAAUUCUUUUCUUGUUUCUUCAAAGCGUAAACGCGAAUCGCUGAUGCACGAAAGUAAAGCUACGCGAAGUUUCGCGGCCGAGUUUGAAAUGAGUUUCUUUUGUUUCUUAAUCGUUCCAAACUCGGCCGGCUAUAUUAGAAAAGUAUUCAAAAAUGAGCUUUAUUUCGAGAGUUUGCAACGAUUA